AUGCUUCCUCAACAGGAAAACCCAGGAUCGGGCACAUCAUCUUAUAACGAAGGCUUGUCAUAUUCGGGGAUUACUUAUCAGGAGACGGAAAGCCCUCAAUGUUCCAAAGCAAUAGCAGACCGGCUUACCAAAGAACGAUACCAGAUACCACAAGUGCCUACGGCCUAUAUCAACAGACAGCAAUGGCAUGACAGAACGCGCCCUGAGCCUGAAUAUCUGGCUUGUCGUCCUCGUCGUCCUCCUAAUCAGCAUGGAGCAGUUGGAGAUGGUCGUCCUCUUCCCCAGAAGUCAGCGCCAGCUUCAGGUUCCGCCCACCGGGAGGCGGAAAGAUAUUGGACUCACGACGAGCUCAAAGAUUCACCGCAUUUGGCAGACUUAUUUCUUUCCGAUGAUGAGCUCAUGGCCACAACACUAGCUGAACUAGUAGCCUCAUCUAUUGCUGACGAAGAGCCUAUGUCCGAAACAUCUGCAUUGGAUAUAACCCCGUCUGCUUCUAACGGAGAUCCUGAUCCUGACUCCAAAGGGCCGACUCAACUCAGUCAAGGAACGGAAUCGCUGUACAUCAGAGAUCGGAAUUCCGCACUUUCCUACAAGCAUGGUUCCCUCAUCGACAUGAAUUCUGUGGCUGUUUCUUGUACAGCUGUAUCUUUUCCACCAAACACACCCAUGGCAUGGCGCGACAGGAUAGAGGAAAGGGACACAUAA